AUGACCAUCUACGAACUACGCGUCUACACGACCGUACCAGGCCGCAUGCCGGCGCUCCUCGCCCGGUUUGAGAACCAUACUCUGAAGCUGUUUGAGAAGCAUGGCAUUGAGCAGGUUGGGUUUUGGACGACCCUCGUGGGUCCGAAUUGUGGGAAUGAGUUGACGUAUUUGUUGAAGUGGGACUCCCUAGCGGAUCGCGAGAAGAAAUUCAAUGCCUUCUCCCUCGACCCGGCGUGGUUGGAGGCUAAGGGAGAGAGUGAGAGGGAUGGGGCUAUUAAUGAGCGGGUUGCGAGCUCGUUUUUGACGCCGACACAGUUUAGUAGGUUGCAGUAG